CGCACACUUAUGUGUCUUAAUGUAUUUUUAAUAAAAAAAAUAUAUAUAGCUUAUUUUUAAUAAUCAAUAAUAAUAGUUUAAAUUGAAAAAAUAAAACAAAUUUAAAAAAGUUGCCAAAUUUUUAAAAAGAAUUAUAAUCUAACGCAAAUCAAUGCCAAAUCUUUUGCAAUAAUUUAAAAGGCUCUGCAGAAAAUUAACCAAAAAAAAAAAAAAACAAAAAGAAUAAAUAAAAAAAUAUAUAUAUGAAAAUACAAACUUACUUACCCUCUUAGCGCUUGGGAAUUUGACAUUAACAAAGAUCACAGAUUGCAUCUUAAAGCACAAUAACAACAACGGCAACAGUAACAAGUACAAAAUUGUUUUUGUUUCUUUUUUUUUUUCAACAAUUACUAAAUACGAAAAGCAACAAUAAUAGGCAGUGAGUGCAGUAACUGUACCCUUUAGAUGACUCUUAUAAAUCGCUGACAUUUCCUCAACGUAAACAACUCUUUACUUCGCGAAACGAUUUAUGUAACAUUUCCAAAAAAAAAAAAAAGCAUACAUUUGAAGAAACGUCCAGAUAUGCAUGUAACUGAAUGUAAUUUAAAGGAUAAUGCUUAAUAGUGUAACGAAAGCAUGAGUUCAGAGCAAAUUGAUUUAAGCGGCUGCCCCCCACCACCAAUAAAAGGCUUAAGGCGGCAACCCACGAAAUAUCCACACGGUUUAUGCGUGAAUAUACAAAGUCUUAGCAGUGAUGACGAGCGCUCAGUUAAUUACUCAAGAGCUUCAACGUUGCGCCAAACUCCUAAUAACGAUAACAAUCAACCUUCAGGCAAAUAUCAACUCAAUGGAAAUGCAAACGAUUCUGACAAUCUGACGCAUUUGCAGGUGCAGCCUUACAAAUACCCGCUAACCGAUAAUUACAGUAAAACCUCCCAUGCGCAAAGCGAUAUAAGUAAAUCAUCAUUACUCAUCCUUGAUUAUGCAAAAGACUAUUGCAAAUGGAAAUGUCUUCGUUGGCCAUUAAUCUUUUUCGCUAGCGUUUUAAUUUUCUUUGGACUGAUUACCUAUUGUAUAUGGUUGCAUGACGUUAGCGUAGCUAGAGAGCGUUAUUUACAGUUUCGUCAACACUUUGUUGACACCGCAAGAAGUGAUAAUUUAAGCAUAACAACAAGCACAGAGGCCACAGAUAGCUUAACAAAUCCCACUACAGAAAAUAGAAAUCAUGGUGUUCGGGAAUCAACGAUUUUAAGAGCGAUAGGUACAAGAGCGCGUAAUAGUCCCAGAGAACAAAAAUUAACAACAGUAGACUAUAGUCAUACGAAAGGUGCAGGAGACUGGGUGAAACAUCAACCGGGCGAUGAGGAAACCUUUGUAGAGAGUACAACCUUAAUUUCAGAAGAAGCCGCCUUAGCACCUGUCAAUGUUAUUAGAUUUACUUCUGGCCAUCAAAACAGUUUCGGUGUACCGAUUGAAGAUGACGAACGCAUCUUAAGAUUGUUAAAUGGGCUAUUCUCUUCAAACGAACCUUCUACUAUUCCUACGAGAGCUGCAAUGGUGAAAGUAUCACCCACUAUACCACCGUUAAAACGCGACAAAUCGACUGAUCCUACCAUACCAUUAACUAAAUCCUACAUACAAGACAAUCGUUGUUAUUCGACUUCAUUGGAAAUGUGCCAAGGAGUGCUCGACUAUGAUUUGACCUACAAUACUUCGUAUCAGCUAACUGAAAGCGAAUUGCAGGACUAUCAAAGCUUAGUGCAAUCGAAUUGUUCCGUUCGUGCAGUUGAAUUUAUUUGUGCAGUUUUACAACCCGAAUGCCGACCCUCACAUAUCGGUGUACUGCCACCUUGUCGGAGAAUUUGCAAAGCCGUUUUGGAAGCUUGUUCCGAAAUUAUUGCCAAUUCGGACACCUUGACUGCUACCUUUGAUUGCAGUCUUUAUCCUGAUUCAAAUGACUUUCUUCGCUGUGAAGAUUCUACCAGACGUAGGGGUUACUGUUAUGCGAACGAAUUCGAAUGCUACGAUCGUUCGUGUAUACCGCUGCAAUGGCAAUGUGAUAAUAUAAAAGAUUGUGCCGCUGGAGAGGAUGAAAGUGAAUGCUUGAUAUGCGACCAGCCAGACGAAUUUCGCUGUCGAUCGAAUGAGAAAUGCAUACCGGGUUCGGCACGGUGUAAUUUAAGUUACGAUUGUUUUGACGGUUCCGAUGAAGACGAUUGCAGUGGCUACGAUGCGAACAAUUCCCAAGGCCUAGAAUUUGAUGAAGCGGAUCUAAACUCUUUUCCACGUGUCUUUUCUUACGCUAGUUUCUUGUCACCCAAUCAAACCAACAAUAAUUUCACAUAUUUCACAGCACACAUGGACGAUGAAUCAGGUAUAAAAAUAAAAGCGGAUGCAAUUACGAAUAGCAGUAGCGGCGUAGCACAGACCGAAGUCACCAAUAGCGUACCAGGCGAAAAUUUGAGAGGAUUCGUAAAUUUUCGUGAUAGCAAAGAAAUUAUGAUGACAAGCGAUACGGAAAAUAAAUUUAAAUAUUCUUCAACAAAUACGAGUCGUUCGUCUAGUAAAUAUUCUGCAAUCACAACACCUUUAAAGCCAUUAAAUACACGAACACUUGCGGCUAUUAGCACCACCGAAACUACGAAAGCGCCAAGUACUUCAUGCGGUUUACAUCAUUUGCGUUGUGUAAGCGGACAAUGCAUAACUGUCGAUCAGUUAUGCGAUAAGAAAAAGGAUUGUCCAGAUGGUUUCGAUGAGCUUAUGUGUAUCUAUAAAGAUAAUGCAGAAGUAACAACAACAAAAAAGUAUAACAAUUUUAUGUUAGCCACAAGUAUUGCAACUUCAACCUCAAGCUCGAAUUUAGCAAAAAACAACAACAACACCAGCAAUAAUAAUAAUAAUAAUAAUACCUUGCGCAACGAUAAACGUACGAUACGAACUACUACGAUUAAGCGCAAACUAAAAACUUGACCAAAUUGUGAUCGAUAUGAAAGAAAAUUCACCAGUGAUUAAAAAUCAAUCAUUUGAUAAAAAUGUACAUACAUAUAUACAUAUAUAAAUAUAUUCAUUAGCAUGUGUGCAUAUUCUAUUCUA